AUGAAUGAUGCACAUGACAAUGGGAUCAAAGGAUCUUUAACACAAGAGCAGUCUAUCACGAAUUCCAAACUAUCGACGGAAGCUCGUGGAACCGGACGCAGAAGCCGAGUGCAUUUUGCCUGCACAGAGUGCUAUCGCCGCAAACAAAAGUGUAACAGGCAAAUACCGUGCGAUAAUUGUAUUGCAAGACGUAUUCCUGAGAAAUGUAAAACAUUUGAGCAACAAGAAGCCAGUAACGAUCUCUCAACCCAGUUCCAAAAUUUUGAGAGAAUUUUGGAUGGUAAGCUGAGUUUCCUCAAUAAGCGCAUGGACAGCUUGUAUGAAGAAAUAAAACACACGAAGCUCAAGUCAGACUCUCAACAUUCCAAAAAGAGUGAUCAUGGUAUGUCCGCUUCGUAUGAGUCAUUCCCGGGUCCGGUCAGCGAUGGUGAAGGUAGUGACACGGAUACCAGCGAUACGGGGCUAGAGGAACUUAGAACGUCAUUGGAACCAGAGACGAUCUCCUCAGCUGUCAGAUCACUUCCAGGAAAUCAGCAAUUAUCCCUGUCGCAUUCGUUUAUCCCGACCAAAGCCAAGGAAGUGUUGGACAUGGAGUUUUUUUCACCAGUAAUGCAGGAAAGUUUCACGCAUUGUCUAGGUCGAAAGCAGGAUGUGUACAAACUUAUUAAUAUGUACUUCGAGAAGUUAAAUAUACUGCGUCAUCCUAUGCCCGAGGAUAUUAUGGCUCAGGCUCUGGAUGGUGUCUAUGAACACAAUGGACAAAUCACUGAAACGAACUUAUCUAAAUUCUGUUUGGUUGUUGCCGUCGUGGGUAUAACCGUCUUGUUUCUAAAUGUGUCUUAUCCAGAAUUGAUAUCAAAGCUGGAGCUGGACACGAGCCAGCUGGAUUGUGAUGCGCCACGCCGGCUUACCAACGUUGCCAAGAUUGCGUGUGGUGCAACUCAAAAUUUGAAUCGAGAAGAUCAUUAUGUGAUCCUUGCAUACGGUAUUCUAUCUCGGUACUAUUUUGUCACCGGCAACCAAGGGCGUUCUUGGGCCGCCGUUGUUGAAAUGGUGCGCCUUGCGCAUUCAUUGGGCCUCCAUCGUGAUGGCACGGUGUUUGAUUUGGACCCUGAAACCUGCGAACAGCGACGUAUGAUUUGGGCACUUGUAUAUCCGCCGGCCCAAAAUCAUUCUCUGGGCUAUGGUCGCCCCCCGCUUAUUGUGAAUAUUAUGACAGACACGCGACCCCCUCACCCUGCUACGCCCAUCGAGCAAGUGCCCGAGUCAAUUCGGCACUUGUUUAAAAAAGUGGAUCCACCGAAUCUUUUAACGAUUAACAUGAUACGAGUUCAGUUUGCCAAGUUUUUGAGCGUGCUUUGUUUAGAAUUGCACAGUGUGGUAAAGACAUUUACUUACUCCAAGGUGCUCAAAUUGCACAUGGAGUUUAAAGCAUUUGUGUCGAAUCUCCCAUUUUACUUUCAGGUGAACCCGAUGCAUGGUUCGCUGAGUCUGAGCCCUGAAUGUGAUGAGCACUUUCCCUUUCUUAAAUUGCAGCGCUGUUAUUUGUGGUUUGAUAUUGCCUUCUUUUACCUAUCUCUUCAUUGCCCUUACUUGUUGCGUAUGUUAGGAAGAAACAACCCAAAACAGCGGUACAUGCUAUCCUAUGAUUCAUGCAUGGAUGCCGUCAAGCUGAGUUUGGCAAUGAGGCACAAUUUGCUCAAAGAUAUGCCUGACAAUAACCGUACCACUUUGCUAGCCUUCCGCUGGUUCAAUACCACGGUGGUAGCGGGUAUUCUAUUGCUGCUGACACCCCCAGGAAAAAAUGCAGACACGCUGCGCGGAUUUAUGGAGGAGUUUAUUGCAUGGCGUCAAAAGCAGCAAUAUUUGGGACGAGAGGUGGAGUCUCAAAAGGACAUUGCAACCAUUCGCGCCUUUCUCCAUGAGGAUACUCGUCGUUCACAAGGGGACUCGACAUGGAAUGAGCCUGAUGCGCAGCCCAAUGAAAGCGUUGAUACGAAGCGUAGGCGCACCCACUAUGACAAUGGAACAUCGAACGACGAAAAGAACAAGUCAUCUGAUACCAGUGCGUCUCCAGCCAAUGACCAGAAUCCUAAAUUGCAGGGUUUUCCUGCAGGCCCUUGGCCGUCAGGAGAUUUGCCUCUGGAUAUGUCGGUUCACACGCCGGGUAUGUUUAUGUGGCCGGAUUCGCAGAGCAUGGAUCAGGGAUCGAACGUGUUGCAUGAAGCUCUAACGGGUCUUCCGUCUGAACUUCCAACGAUACCGAUGUUUACUGAUCCAUCGGCUCCUUCGAGCGCAGGCGUUGGUAUGCCUGUACCAACACUGAAUCUGGGUGGUAUGUUCCGACUUCCAUCGAUUCUGCCUCAAGAUGGCAUGUCCCCGCGGACCAUGAUGCCUAUAUGGCCCAUGAAUGCUGGAAGUAUGCCGAAUGCAUCGCAGGCACUCAAGGUGGACGUGACACACCAGGAUCAAGAUACGCAUGAAUUACUGAAUUUGUGGUAA